AUGCUCCAUCGAUUCGCCACCAUCGUCCCUCUUGUGCUUAUUGCCGGGUCGACGCUCAUGCUUUUCUUCAUCAAUCUUAGCGGUGUUCAAGACUCCCUGACCUUCCUCAACAAGUUCUACUUUUCUAAAGCCACUGUAAAAUACGAGAGGCAUUGGACCAUGUACGCCAUGUGUACGCCCUUGGGUAAUGGCCAGGUUCAGUGUACGAAGAAAGAACCCGCUUACCCUUAUGACCCGGUGAAGAACUUGGGUGCGGGCUUUGUGCCAGAGGAAUUCGACAAAAACCAAAAGACGUACUACUACUUGUCUCGAAUUGCUUAUGCUGCCUUCUUACUAGCGUUGUUGUUGUCGAUCUUGUCGCUUUUGCCUGUGACCAUCUCGUGCUGUGCAUGGCACGGUUUUCUUACAGGUUUCUUUGCGUCGUUUGUCAUUGGUGGCUCUCUUUUGUUCGACGUGAUAGCAGCUUCCUUGCAAACGGCUGCUCAUGUGAAGGGAGUCAAUGCGUUUAAGAAAGCAGGCUUUCUGGCGCAGUUGGGGACGCCCAUGUUCGUUUGCAUGUGGUUGAGCGUGGCGACGCUCUUCAUCUCGUGGGUGUGGAUGAUCAAGGUUGGUGUGAAUGGGUUCCAUGAGAUAUUUGGGGGAAGUAAGAAGAAGCACUAUGAUAGCGAGCUGGACUACAAAGAGUUUCUGGACUAA